AGUUGUUUCUGUCCUUGGUUGUGGUUUGUUGUAUUGUCUUGCACAUUUUGUAUUGCUGGUUUUUUCAUUUUGUGGACUGUUUAUCUGGAUUUUGACCCCUGCCUGUUUUUGGAUGUACGACUGUGGAUUGCCCAAUAAAGGCUGCGAUUGGAUCUUACCAUCUUGUUCUUGUGCACCUGUGACAGAUUUGUCCUUUUAACUUUUGUCCUUUUUCUCCUAGUGACAAAAAAUGGCCGCCACUAAAAGAGUGAUAGUCAAGGCACUUGAUGAUCUUGUGGAUGAAGAUCUCGAUCAAUUCAUCUGGCAACUCUGGAAUCCUAUGACAAAAGACAUCAAGCCUAUUCCUCGAGCGAGGCUUCAGACUACUGUUCGCCAUGAAGUCGUGGAUCGCAUGGUUCAGCAGUACAGUGCUAAUGCUGGGAAUAUUGCAGUGAAAGUGCUGAAAAACAUAAAUCAAAAUGAUCUUGCAACUGAUCUUGAGCAGAAACUUAAGGAAGUUCAGCAGCCUGAGCAGGUGGACGGGAGAAAUGCUCCCGUUCCUGUGCGUCAGCAGCAGCCCAAGCAGGCUGACCAGUCCGAUUGGAAGAGACCAGACAAGAUUACUACCUGCACCCCCGAGUUUAAGAACAAAACUCUUAACGAAAAUAGAGAUGACGUUUAUAUACCAAAGGACAAGAGGAAAGGUUUAGCCCUGCUGAUCACCAACAUACACGACAGGCCCGGAGCAGAGAGAGACGAGGAGAACAUGGAGUGGCUGCUGACAGCUUUGGGUUACGGAGUUAAGAAACACAGAAAUCUCUCUGGAAAAGGAAUAAAUAAAGCAGUCGAGGAAUUUGCUGCACUUCCUGACCAUGAAGACUCGGACAGCACCUUCGUGGUUAUAAUGUCUCAUGGGACAAGAAUUGAUAAUAAAGAUGCCCUUGCAGGUGCAAGUGUCAAUGAUGUCUUCUUUGUUGACAACAUCUUCACCUGUCUGAACUCAGUGAAUUGUCCUGAUCUGAUUGACAAACCAAAGGUUAUUCUGAUCCAAGCCUGCAGAGGAGGUCACCCAGGAGGCGUGAAAAUGAGUGACAGCGCACUUGACUCAGACGAUGAUGACAGCUCAUUUGACUCAGACGCCUGGGUGCACAAAGAGAAAGACUUUGCCUGUUUCAUGUCCACCCUCCCUGAUAUCAAAGCAUACAGGCAUCCUGAUAAAUGGUCUGGAAGUUAUUUUGUCAUGUCUAUCGUGGAGGUGUUCUGUGAAUGGGCUCAUGACACUCACAUUAUGGAGUUGUUCAGGAAGGUCACCUCAGACAUGGCGAAACACCCAGAAAGAAAGAAGAAAAAACUCUUGCCGUGUAUUGAAAGAACAUCCCUUACGAAGAACUUCUUCCUGUUUCCUGGACUCUGAUGUCCAGCUUAAAUCAGAAUCACUCUUGAUCUCUAAUUAGACAUCUAAACAAAAACAAAUUUGAUUGGGCAUAAUUCAAAAUCUAGAGUGGGUAAAUGCAAUGUUUCUGUUAUUGAGUCAGGAAUACACUUACAAUGUUCCUCAUAUUCAAGACAUGCACCUGUGAUGUACUUACUAUUGACAUUUGAUUCAUAUAUACAGUGCUUAACAAAUGUAUUAGACCACCACCCAAUGUGAGGUUUGUGCCACAUGCUGUCCUAAACUAAUAGUAUUGAUGAUUAACAAAAUCAUUACAUGAAAACUGUGCAAAGACUAUUUGUCCAGGAGAAAAGAAUCUGGAGUAGUGAAACUGAUGGAUUGACAAAUUUGGGAUUCAGUGGAUUCAAAGACGGAUCACACAAAAGUUUCAUUAAAAGGAAGUAUUUGGGAAGAACUAGAAACUAUUUGGAAGCCAGCAAAAAUCCAAGCUAAUAUCAAGGCCAUACAAAAUACAAAUAAAAUCUAAAAUCGUUUUGGUUAUUAUGUGUGAAUAUAGAGUUUUUAGUUGUUUCAGUUUGUUAUUUGACUAAUAACUGACAACAUAAUUUUUAGUUUUUAAACAGGCUUUUUGACAAAUUCCUAAAAUAUUUGUAUUUUCUCUUGAUUAUGACAGGUGGUCUAAUAAAAAGCACUUUUCACUUUCUAUUUUGUUGAAAUUUCUCUCAUAUAUUUUAUAUUAUACUUCGCUAUUGCCACUUUACCAAAUUAACCAUACAAUUGAUUGUUUCCAUCCAAAUAGUUGCUUGCUUAAGAACAUCUAUAAAUCUUUUAUACUUAAAAAAGUGAUCAAUAAAGCUUUUCUAAUUUGUUACCAUG